CAGACUAAAAGUUUUUAAGUUUCAAAUAAGUUUAAAAAGAUCGUAUCAACAUUUUGUUUUCUCUUUCCUAUGUGUUUAAAUAUUUAAUUGAAAAUGUUUUGCAUUUAGGAUUUUUUUAUAACUUCUGCAAGCUAAACUAACCAGACCGUGAAUGUGCAAUUGCUAUUCGCCAUUCGAACAGUGUGCAGUAUUAGCCUUUCAAAUCGAAUAAUACCUUCAAGGAGAUUCCAUUGAAUGUUUCAUAACGUGUUGUUCAAUAUCGAAUUGCAAACGUAUUCACAUUGUCUUAUGCUACUAUUUCUAUCAUUAUUCUAUCUAUAUUAUUGUUUUGCUAUCAUAAACAUUCCAUUCUAUUUUCUCAAUUAGACAAACACGAUCAAAUUAUGAAUUAUUGAAUACUAUGAAGUAAUUUUAAUUUUGUUAUUCUUUUUUUUCUUUUCUUUUAAUUUUUAUCAUACAAAGUUUUCUUUCUUAAUCAUCUCUUUUCAGAUAUUGCCAUUUAUAUUUUAAAACAUUUUUUAUAAACAGUUUGUAAAAAAAUUUAAAAAAACAUUGCUCAGUUAAAGAACCUGCAUUAGUUACUGAAACAUCAUCGCAAUGAAUCUUAUUAAUAAACCUGUAUUUUCACUAUUUACUUAUUCAAUAUCGCCAUCAUUAGUUAAAUAGAUAUUUGACUUUCAAAUAAUUUCACUAAAAGGCUCAUUUUAAAGACCUAUUUCAUUUAAUUAAUUCUACUAAUUUUUAGUCUACACAUAUUUUUUAAAACAUAUACUUGUAUUAAUUUUCAAACUACCAAGAAAUUUGUUAUAUGUAUACUCAUAAUACUGGCCAGUUGGAUAGGAUUUUAUUCGAUUUGAAGGGAUCAAAUACUAAUAAUUUUCCUUCUUCUUUAUUACUAAUUAUUACUAAUAAUUUAUAAAAUAAAAAUAAUAUAUUAUUACUAAUAAUUUAUAAAAGUAGAAGGUCUGCUCUAGCCAAAUCAUCUAUCUCAUCUGCUCAAUGCUGGCUAAGGUUCCUGGCUAUGAUUAUGUGAUUUAUUUUUUUGGGGGGGAUACAAAAGAUAAACAACGUACUUUGAUUUUCUUUUAAAUAAAGAUAAUUUAAAAUUUGUUUGAUCAACAUCAAUAAAAAGUAUUCUUACGAAUCAGUCAGAAGUUUUAGUAGGCUUUCAUUUCUCUUGCAUUUACAUCUUCCAUAGGUGUGAUACUGUUCGUUUUCAACAUAUACUAUGAUAAUCUAUCAUCUAAACUCAAUAUAUAAUAUAAUCCAAUAUACAAUAUACAAUACAAUCGUAGAUACAAUAUUUCUUAAAUUAUCACUAAUAGAUUAUUUAUCUGGAGGAUUUGCCAAAAAAAUUUUCUUCUCUUGCUUAUCAAAACUCUCUAAUAAACGAAUAAAUCACGCGUCACGUAACGCCAGAAUCCUCCCAUCGACGCAAUUGCAAACAGCAAACAAAAUAUUUGGCUAGACGAUCGAGAAAAAGAGGGGUUCAAGCAUCCCGAUCCCCCUUCUCGUAUCGAAAACUUUAGUCAGUGAAUUCGAGGCCAUAAUGCCUUCUGCAACUGGGUCUAGCUUUAUUAAAACGUGGCGCACAUCUCGGGACAUCGCGUUGCCUAACAAUGGAUCCUCGAUCGAUCGACUCGAGGAUCGUCGAUGAAAUUGUGAUCCCAUAGUCAGUCAAUUGUCAUGUUGAACUACUUUAUCGUGUACACGGAAUGGAGUAAUCGAGUGUAAAUUGUACGAGGAUUUUUGAAAAAAUUGUUUCUCUAAUUUUGAUUUUCGAGAUGUGAAUUUUUUUUUUAAUGAUUCAGUGACUAUUUUAUAGAAUUUUUAUAGUUGUUUUUAAAGAAUUUUAAAGAAUAGUUGUUUUUGUUUAUAAACUAUUGUUUAUCAGGUUUGAAAAUUCACUUUGAUUGGUAUUAUAUGGUACGAUAAUCUUUGUAUUUAUAGUAUUCAUAGAUUUGUUGUUUUUUUAAUUUAGACAUCCGAAUUGAACAAUAUUUCAAACUUUGAAUCGAUGAUUCAGUAAGGUUCAGAUAUAAUUUUGGAAAAAUUAUUAGUUUUGUUUAUAAUUUUAAUUUUUUAAAAACUGUGAAUUUUAAAUUAUUAUGGGAUUUUCAAAAAAUUUGUGAUUUAGAAUCUAGUUUUUAAAAUUUCAAUAAUGAUUCAAAUUUCGAUUGAAUAGGCUUUAUAUCGAAUUUUCAAAGAUUUGUUAUCUUAAUUUAUAAUUUUAAUUUCAAUACAUCUCAAUAGAACAAAAUCUUUCUCAAAUUUCAAUCAGAGAUAAAUCGAGUGAAUUUUUAUGAAUUGUUUUACUUUCGAUCUGGGAAUUCGGUGGCAAGUUUUCUUUAACUUUUAAAUAAAUGUUUUCCUCUACAACUUCUACAUAUUCAUAUUUGUUUUUUAAAUCAUUCAUCGUAAUAAAAUUCCCUUAUAUAAAAUCACGUUUAUAAUUCUACCAAAAACUCAACAACAUUUCUAUCAAUUUCGAUCAACAAUAGAUUUAUACCAGAUAUUUUAAUCAUUAACCGAUUUAUCGAUCCUGAAUUCCAAUUUCGCAUCUCGAAAUCCAAACGAUUGCGACGUUAAUUAUUCCCAAGUGAAAAUUAGCAGACAAUGAUAAAAGUCAAAUAGCAGAGAAAGAAACGGGCGACCUCGGACUCGUCAAUCUCUCUGAGAAGCGUCAAGAGCCGAUGUUGAAACGGGAUCUCGAUCAGAAUCGAGCCAGCGAUCGACAUCAUCCGACGAUUUCUUUGGUCCACGUCCAAACCGAUCGAUCAUUCAGACACGUUUCUUCACACUCCUCUUCUUAACAUUUACCGAGUUCUUCUCUCGACUCUGCAUUCAUCGUUAUCUCUCCCUCUUUCCCUCUCUUUCAAACAAGCAAAUCGUAAAUUUGCACACGCGACACACGUUUUUAUCAUGUUACGUUACUCAAGGUUGAUCGAGGAAGCGAAAGAAACGGGAAUCGGGCGGAGUUUGUGAAAUUGUGAAUUGUUCGAGUGAUUUUUUCGGAUGUAGGAAUCUUUGGAAUUGAAUUGAUCUGGUUGGUGAGGCUGAUGUGAUAAGAUAAAGCGAAGAAUGUCGGGAGCAGAAAGCGUGUUUUCAAAGUGUGAUUUCAAAGCUUGGCCUUCAGUGUCGCAUGAUUCAGUGUCAAGAUCGAACGAGCCUUUGUGAUUUCGUUUAUUUGGUAAAAAAUAAAUUUUCUUCUGUUUCUCGUGCUCGUGAAUAAUUGGGGCCUUGAUCAAUUUAGGUGUUGGAAUAACGAUCGGUGCGUGCGGGCUACAAUAUUUAGAGAGGAAAGCCAUCAUAGAGGAACUGAGAAACAUCUUAGAGAAACUGAACACACCUUAGAGAAACUGAUGAUCACAAUUUUCAACAACUGAUAAAAAACUUAAUGACAUUAAUUUUGGAAAGAAUUUUAAAAUCAAGAAAAAACUUGUGUAUCCAAUAUGUUCAGUGUAAUCAGUGUCGGACAGUGUUAAACAAUUUUUCAAGUGCUCGAUCCAUGCAAGAAUCUUUCCAAUGAUCAUGCACUCUUCAAGAUACAUGUAUGCAAAACAUUCAUCUUGUACAUAUCUCAAUGAAUCCAGUUGAUGAAGUUUGGACGAUAUGUUCAAGGGGAAAGGAUUGCGUAUCGAAGUGAGAAGCUGCUUCGAGAAUGGGUUGCAAGAGUAGUGUUUUGGAAUACGUAGAGGAUACAGGGGAGAAAAAGAGAAAAGAAUCGGAUAUGAUGGAGCAAGGAUUUCUAUUUGAAAAGACAGAGUACGAUAUUUUGAGGAGAAAAUCGUCGUUCGAGGAUGUUGACGAUGAAAAUAAUGCAGAUUAUUCAACUUUGAUAGGAUCCCAUGAUACUGAACCCCAUCCGUUAACGAACAGUAUUCCUAGUCUCAUAAAAAUAUUACUGGUCUUCCCCAAAGAUGAUCAACAAAUGGAUAUCCUUGCUACUACUUCGAGGCGUUUGGGAUGGAGCGUGUCAGUUGCAAAAGACGCGGAAAAAGCACUCGAAUUCUUCCAGGCUCGAGGCCACGAGUUAGUGAUCAUCGAUCAUCGAGGGCAACGCGCUGCGGAAGCUGACAUUAUUUGUAGAGCAAUCAGGGCUAGUCCUUUAUAUUAUAAUUCCAUAAUUAUAGCUCUUGUAAAAAAAUCGUAUCUCAUGCAUAGCGAAAGUGAAAAAAUCGUAACAUUGGAUUUAAUGGAAAUAGGAUACACCAAAACUUUAAUGGAAUGCGCUCACGAAAGAAUCUUAAUAAACGAAUUAGUAGGAAUUUAUACUAGCGGAAUAUUACCGAGGACACAACUGGUUGCUGCCAACAUGCUGUAUAUCGCUCUUGACAGAUGUCGUGACAUGAUACAUGUGACGAACGAUAAAUAUAUUAUACAGUUUGCUAAUAAAAUUAGUGAAAAAUUAUUAGGCUACAGGAUUAAUGAACUUUGGGGCAAAAACAUUACAGAUUUAAUUUUGUAUGAUAAUUUUAUUCAAAUGGAGCAACAUAUAAUCAAAGGCCGAGAAUAUGAUGGGAAUUUAAACUGUAUUCGAAGAAACAAUCAAAUGAUAACAAUUAAUUGCAGGGUGAUACCUUUCGCCUAUUUCAAAAAACCGACUCAUUAUAUUUUCAUAUUCGAUACAACAUAUUUGUCAGAAAAUAUUCAGCCCCUGCUUCAGCCCACUCAUCCAAAAACUGUGGUUAUAACUCAAAAAAGAAUAUCUGAAAUCGAUUUCAAAGGAAUUCAAGAAGUUCGCAGACGGCUCAGUAAACGUGAUUUACAAACUUUGCAAUUAGAAGCACCCAUUACAAAAGUGAUCGGCCUCCUUACGGCCUCGAUUAAAGAAGAUACAUCGUCCGAGACGAAAGAACAAAUCGAGAAGGCGAUUGAUAUUCUCAAAACUACCGAACUUUAUUCACCAGUUUUUAAAGAACAAGGUGAUCCAGCGGCCGAAUUCAUCGAGGCCUUAAUUACACCAAAAAAAUCAUGGGAUAUUAAGAAACCAUCGAUAGAAUCAAUUCGAGAAACUCCUUCGAAAACAUUAGCUGCCUCCACGCGUAUGCAGAUCAAAGGUUACAGGGGUCCUCAAGAAAUUGCAGAAAUUCUACAGAAGUGUUUGGAAUGGGAUUUCGAUAUAUUCAAAUUAGAAAUAUUAACGGAAAAAAGAGCGCUAUUAUUUUUGGGAAUGACUAUCAUGAAUCUGUUUCGCGUCCCAGCUAGACUUGGUUGUGAGGAAAAAAUUGUACAAAAUUGGUUAAUUGUAAUAGAAGCUAAUUAUGACAGUACGAAUCGUUAUCAUAAUUCAACACAUGCUGCAGACGUAUUGCAAGCUACUGCUAUAUUCAUGCAAACGGAAAGGCUGAAACAGGUUUUGGAACCUUUAGACGAAGUCGCAGCUUUGAUUGCAGCUGCUGCUCACGAUAUUGAUCAUCCUGGUAGAUCGAGUCAAUUUCUAUGCAAUUCUGAUAACAAACUAGCGAUCCUCUACAACGAUUUGACCGUUCUUGAAUCACAUCAUGCAGCAUUAACAUUUAAAUUAUCGCUAUCAGACGAUAAUGUGAAUAUAUUUAAAAAUCUGGAAAGAGAUACUUAUAAACAGCUUCGCCAAAGUGUAAUAGACAUGAUUCUAGCCACCGAGAUGACGAAACAUUUUGAACAUCUUGCGAAAUUUAUGAAUGCCUUCACCACAAGAAUUCCAGAGAUAUAUAUCGAAGGUACUCAGGAUUUAGAUGUAUCAACUGCGAUACUGCCAGAGAAUAUAAUAUUGGUGAAGAGAAUGAUAAUCAAGUGUGCGGACGUGUCGAAUCCUACUCGACCGUUGAAAUAUUGCGUCGAAUGGGCCAGACGAAUUGCAGAAGAGUAUUUUAGUCAAACUGACGAAGAAAAACAAUUGCAUCUUCCAGUAAUGAUGCCAAUGUUCGAUAGAAUAACAUGCUCGAUACCAAGAGCGCAAAUCGGUUUUAUCGAUUUCAUUAUCAACGACAUGGUCGAGGCAUGGGAUGUAUUCAUCAAUAUGCCGGAGAUAGUGGGAUUUAUGAGACAAAAUUAUGAUAAAUGGAAAGAAUAUAACGAGAAAGGCAUAACAACUCUACAGGAUAUCGAAAAGAUACAAGAAGCAGUUCCUGAACUUAAAAUAUAUUCUACGACCACAUGACCCAUGGAAAAAAAUCGCCUUUUUCAUUUGUCCGUCCCAAAACGCAAUAGUUUUGUGCAAGUGAUUUGUAAAAUAUUCAUAAUAUUUAAAAAAUAGAGAUAAAUAAAUACGUUGUACAGUUGAA